GUCCGCCCGGCCGCGUGUGCUCCAUCCUGUGCCUGCCCGCCACCCCCUCCAAGCCGCCGCCAUGGCCUGCUGGUCCGAGAACUACCACUUCAUCAAGGAGGUGUACGACUUCCGCGUGGAGGAGAUGAACAAGUGGAUGGACGCGCUGGAGGAGAGCAGCAAGAAGCUCAUCACCAACAAGGUGUACACGUCGCGCGAGUUUCGCCGGAUGCGGGACCAGUUCCGGUAUCAAUGCAAGAACCUGAAGCGCGAGGAGCUGAAGGUAUGGUUGGCGGACAUGCUGAAGCUGCUGAACCAGAAGUCGGACCAGAACCUGGAGACCGAAAAGAAGCGACUUGAAGCGCUGAUCCAGCGUCACACCGAGGUGCUACCCGGCAUCGAGGAGAACAUGCGCAAGGUGGACGUGUACUCGCGCUGCUACCAGUACGUGGAUGACAUCACGCCGCUUCUAAAGCUGCUCGAGGAUCUGCGGAGGAAAUCCACCGAAGACGAGCACGACAAGAAACCUGAUUCCGGUGGAUCGAAGAUCCACCCGGACAGCACCGAGCAGGUCACCACCUUCAUCGAGAACCAGGAGGCCAACAUCGCCAAGAUCGAGGAGAAGCGCGGCGAGUUCCAGCAGCUGCUGAAGCGCGGCGAGAAGCUGGAGGGCCAGGCUGACUGUCCCGACUUUCUCAAGGAGCAGGUGAAGGGUCUCAGCGAGCUCUUCAUGGACACCGAGCAGAAAGCCAAGCUCAAGCUGGAUAUCCUGAAGAACAACGAGAAGGCGUGGCAGGAGUACGAGGAGGACAAGGUGACGAUGGUCAACCUCCUGGACCAGGCCGACGAAAAGCUGCGCAACAUUCGCAAGCUGUUUGACCCGCAGCAGGGCGCCGAGGACCUGAGCAUGCGCACCGAGCAGGCUGAGAAGACCCGCCAGGCCAACGAGGCCUGCUUCACCAAGCUGAAGGCCAACGUCGACAUCAUCUGCGGCAUCUGCUCCCCGGACAAGAAAGAGGAGCUCGGCAAAAUCAUGAAAGGAUUCGAGGAGCGCAACGCCGUUUUAACUAACACGGAUGACCGCAUCAGCAAGCUCAAGAAGUAUACUACGGAUCUGCAGACCUUCGUCGACAAGAAGGAGGCUUCACUGGCAUGGCUUAAGACCGGUCAGGAGCAGCUGGACGAGUUGAUGAAGUUCCCCGGUGAAGACAAGUCGGACGAGAAGCUGCUGAUGACCGUCAAGAUGCAGAAAGACAUGGAGACGCAGCUGACCAUCCUGGCCGGGCUGAUCACUGAGUCGGAGCGUCUUCUGGGGGGGAAGAACAACUCGGUGGCAGAGGGUCACCUCCUGGAGGUGGAGCAGGUGAAGAACAAGCUGGAGGAGCUGAACAACAAACUGAAGGAGGUGUCCGGCGAGAUAUCUGAGGACCUCCACCACUGGGCCGACUACCAGGCUGAGCUGAAGACGUUCCAGCCGUGGGUGACUGAGGUCGAGGAGAGGAUCAAGGGAGGCCAGAAAAAGCCAACCAGUCUGAGCGAGGCACAGGAGAUGCUUAAGUCUGUGCAGGAGUUUGACACCGACAUCAAGACGCGCCUGGGCAACCUGGACAAGAUGACCGAGACGGUGACGAUGAUGACGCAGCAUGAGAAGGCCGACCGCGAGAUCACCGAGUGCCGCGAGCGGCGCCAGGUGGCCGAGAAGGUGUCAGCCGAGUGGGUGGAGAAGACGCAGAAGCUCGUGCAGCAGUGGGAGGAGCUCAACGCCACGGUGACGGAGGUGCAGGGCUGGGUGGCGGCCGCCGAGAAGGUGGGCGAAUCUCCCAACCAGGACACCGUCGACGCCACGCUCAACAAGCUCAAGGGCUUCUUCGCCGAGAAGCAGAAGCUGGUGGAGGCGCUGUGAGCGAGCGGCGCCGAGCGCUGCGCUGAGGACGGCUGGUCCCAAAAGACGGCCGUCUGAAGAAGACAGGGUCGCGAGCUACCAGGCCGGUGCAAAAACGCACCUCUUUCUCAGCCGGUGUAAACCGGAUUCUGCCGGUGCCGACCGGAUCGGAGGCGUGUUUGACGCUAAAAAUACGUUUGGUCUGGAUGAGCGAGUUGGACGUAGAGGGAUGAACAGCAGCCAGUUGAUGUCCAUUUAACAAGGCUGAACGAAGCAGUGUAAAAUAUCCGAGGUCGUAGUUGUGAGCCUUCUCUCUGCUCAUGCAAUUGUAAUGUAUUGUGAGGGAGGGGAAGUAAAAGCGCUUCGUGUGAACCUCGCCACGCAGCCUGUUCCUUAUUAGCUCUCCUGUAUGGCUUCAUCUAAAUAUUGUCAAAAAUCAGUGACAACCACGUUUUUUGUUGAUGACCUUGAGAUGCAUGUCCACGCCAAACAACCUUUUGGCAUUGUAAAUGCAUACAAAAUUUGCUCAUGUGUCCGUAGAAUAGCCUUUCUCUUAUAAUUUCUUAAUUUUUCCUUCUUUUACUUUUGUUACCCGACCCACAUGCUUCCACAACUGCUAGAGUCUCUACAACUGUACGACUGACGCACUCGUCUGCAGCGUCUCGUCUUUUUCAAUAAAGUUAGAAAAGA